UCAUUUUCGCUUUUGAUGCUGAGUAACUGAGCAGUUUUUUUGUGUCGUGCUCGGCCUUGAAUUCCAAAGAUAUACAGCUUGUUAUUGUUUAUCACUGCUAAAGUUAAGGGUAAAACGCUGUUAUAAACUUUAUACAACGAUAAAUUACUGUUCAUGUACAGACACGAAAUGGCUUCUCUGGAUAUUCACCUCGGAUCGAAGAAACAGGUGGAUGACUUCUGCCAGAAGCUCACCAAAGAGGCAGAAGAACUGGUUUCAAAGUUUUUCCCUCAGAAAAUGGAAGAGCUGCAGAUGUUGCUGAAGACAUCUUUCAGCUGUGAGGACAUGGCGUCCUUGAAGGCUCCACUGGACAUCCCAAUGCCUGACCCAGCUAAAGAGGAGGCCAAUCGCAAGAAGAAGGAGGAGAAGGAGGCAAAGGAGGGAAAGAAAGACAAGGACAGCAAUAAAGAGGAAGAAGAUGCAGGCCCUCCCUGUGGUCCCAUUUGCAUCAAUGAGCGAGUGGAAAGUCUCCUGCAGGAGGUCAAGCCUCAGAUCCAGACCCUGAAGGAGAAGCUCAACACGGUGUCGAUGUGGGUGCAACUGCAAAUCCCUAAGAUAGAAGACGGUAACAACUUUGGAGUAGCCGUACAGGAGAAAGUGUUUGAGCUGCUGACCAACACACGCACCAAGAUAGAGGGAUUCCAAACUCAGAUUUCAAAAUAUUACAGUGAGAGAGGUGAUGCUGUGGCCAAAGCCGCCAAACAAGCCCACGUGGGAGACUACAGACAGCUGGUCCAUGAGCUGGACCAGUAUCAGUACUGUGAGCUCCGCCUUGUGGUUUUGGACAUCCGCAACACAUAUGCUGUGCUGUUUGACAUCAUCAACAAGAACUAUGACAAGAUUAAGAAGCCCAGAGGAGACGGGAAAGCCCUCAUCUACUGAGGCACACUCCCAGGCUCUCAAACAAGAUACAACUAGUCUAGUAUGACACUCUCAUCAAGUAACAAUACACCCACUCUGACAAAAAUGUCCUCUUUUUCUUAUUGUGCAUGCAUUUUGUUUCAGAUUGCAAAAUAAAGCAACAUAAGUCUGAUAA